CCCAUGGGGGACUUCACAUUGUGAAAAUGAAAUACAGCAUGGAGAGAGUUUGGUGAAAAUGGGAAGACACAAGAAAGCUCCUACCGGGCAGCACAAGCACUGCGAGAAGUGCUUCAACCAGCACUGCACUGCCCCGGUCGAGGUCUCUGUCUCCUGUGUAGUCAUCAAUUGCCGACUGCUUUGUGGCGCUGUCUUCCACAUGUGCAAGGAAGAAGAGCACCAGCUGCUGUGUCCUUAUCAGAAAGUGCCCUGCCUCAAUGCCAGCUUUGGCUGCCCCUUCUCCAUGUGCCGCUAUAAGCUGGCCAAACACCUGGAGGUGUGUCCAGCCAGCGUGGUCAGCUGCUCGUUGGACUGGAACCGCUGGCCCGUGGCUGAGACGGACACCACCUUCUACAAAAGCGUCCUGAAGGAGCCUGGCUCCGAUGAACAGCUGGACCUGUCCAUGGCCGUUCGAGACCAAAAUCUCCUGUUUCAUUCGUUGAAAAUGAAAAGCUUGUUCCCUGAGUUGAUGGAGAGGGAGGAGAAGCCUACUCCUGAGGAGCUUGAGGGGGCUGUGGGGGGCAUGGAUCGAGACGAGGUCUCAGUGCUCCCAGGAGAUCCUCUUGAUUAUGGACUCAGUGAAGCAGAGCUCACACAGGAAGAACGCGAGGCCCUUGCAAAGAGCAAAGAGGUGACCAGUAUCGAGAACUACACUUCCUGGGAGGGCAUGUUUAGCAAGGAGCUAGGUAGUUGCCAGCAAACAGUGAAAUACAAACCUACACCCAGUGACGGAAAAGAGAGCAAGGCCUCAUCAGGCAGUCAUACAGACUGCACUGAAGCACCCAAGCUGCAAGAGGAGACUGCAACCACCACGUCUGUUGAUGUUAACAAAACUGGUCUUGCUCCAUGGCAAGAUGGAGUCUUGGAGAGGCUAGGUAAAGAGGUCAACAUAGCAGAAUACAACAUGUAUCUGGUUCACCAUGGGAGUAUGCUCAUUCGAUUCGGCCAGCUCGCUGCUUGCACGCCCAAAGAGAGGGAUUUUGUGUAUGGGAACCUGGAACCCAUAGAGGUCCAAACUCUCAACACCUUCAGUGUUCCCAUCAGCUACACAGCAAAACGCAACUAUCUCCAAGAUCCUUCCACUAGAGCAAAGAGGGAAGACAAAGGGGUUGACACAUCUGAUUUAGGGGUGUCACAAGCAGACCUUCCAAAGUGGGAUGAGGUCUAUGCAACCUUAUUGUGCUCCUUAGAAAAAGAACUAAGAGGGCAUCCGAUUAGUGAAACUGUGGGGACGGAUGGCCUUUUUGUGGACAUUGGGACUCAGACAUAUGAAUUCUGCACUGCCCCAUUCAAAGCAGACACCUCAUUGGCAGAUAUCACUGCUGACCGGGCCUUGACUCUGCAUGUCCAGAUUCAAACAGAGUGCGUGACAAGAAGGCAUAAUAAGGCAAGCUCUGCAUUCACUUUCCUCUGUAAUCACUUCUUCAGAAGGGAUGAAUUUGCCUCCCACUUCAAGAACGUGCACUCAGACAUCCAGUCUUGUUUGAAUGGCUGGUUUGAGCAACGCUGCCCUCUAGCAUACCUCGGCUGCACCUACAGUCAGAAGAGGUUUCAGCCUUCUACGCACAGAGCCACUGUCACAUACAACCAGGAAUUCAGCACCUUCAACAUCCGGCCAGAGAUCCCAGCCUUGCUCUUUGAGGGUGUGAAGGCUGUUACCCCAGAAAGGAAGCGGGCACGCAAUCUAGACUCUCUCAGCAAGCUCCCCUUCGAGAUAUUGCAGCACAUUGCUGGCUUUCUAGACAGCCUCACCUUGUCCCAGUUAGCCCAAGUCUCCAGGCUGAUGAGGGAUGUCUGUGCUACUCUAUUGCAGGAGAGGGGGAUGGUCUCCCUUAAGUGGGAGAAAAAGAUCUAUUCCCAUGGUGGAUCCAGCUGGAAGUGCAGAAAGAAGGUGUGGCAAUUCAGCAGCCUCUUCUCCACCGUGGAGAGAUGGAGCUUUGACAGCAUCCCCUCAAUGUCAGAGCACCUGAAAGUCUGCCCCUUUUACGAGAUUGAAGACAAGAGUGAACCGGUGGCCUUGGUCAGCAUGUCUGACAAGCAAGAGGGAAAGGAGCAGGACAACCUGGUCACUAUGUUCCUAGGCAACAAUUAGAAGAUACCAGCAAGAUUUUUUUUUUUUGUUUUCACACUGACUGAGCAAGUACUCUCGCAAAACAAUGCUACUUUCUGUUGUCUGAAGAGAAUGUGGUAUUUCAGGCUUUCUCACCAUUGAAUUAUCUAGCUGGCCACCCCAGUUGAUUUAUAACCUUAUUAGCUAGGGAUAGCUAGGGAUAUUACAGUAGCUAGUUAGCUAGCAUGCUCAGUCAGUGAUACAAUUUACAAUUUACA